UACACCACGUCAUUACGUCACUAAAGCGCGACUCAGGCUCGCAGUCCCUGUGCAGGGUCAUUAGGAGAGGCAUGCUUCGGUUACUAGGAAACCUCCGGUCCUGUUACCGGUGGAGGCCGGACACGGCGCUUCUAACGCGUCACUAUAAGAUAGAGCCGGUGGGCCGAGAUGUGGUGCUAUUCGAGCACCGGAGACCGCGCUUCUUCCGCCUGCUGGGGGCGUUCUGUGUGGCUCAGACCGGCUUCUGGGCGUAUUCGGCGCACUUCGGCUUCACGACACUGCGGGACACCAGACAGAGCAACAAGGGAGAGGACGGGGAGGUGAAGGGGAGGAACAUGGGCUCCCCCUUGUGGAGGACGUUGUUCACUCUGGGCUGCCUGUCAGUGGGUACCCUCGUAAUGGCAGCUGGUUUGUUAUUCUCACGUCGCUCUGUCAGCUCUGUGAUCCUUCACGCCGGAGGAGAAAAAGUAACCAUCGCCACGGCAGGUGUUUUUGGGAUCAGUUCAUCAUUUACUCUUCCUUUAAGACACAUUUGUUGUAUGUCUCAUCGCUCUGAGGUUCCUGCCAUGAUACCCCUGAAGAUCAAAGGUCGCCCUUUGUAUUACCUAUUGGACAAGCAAGGACGUGUUUCCAAUGCCAAGUUGUUUGAUCGCACAGUGGGAGCGUAUCGGAAACUGUGACAUCUGUUUUGUACAAUGGGCUUGUAUUUAUGUAAAAAACUAAAAUAUUAAAUUUGUUGAAUUUUUCAAUCAA